AAGUAGCGUUGUCCUCAUUAGCUCGCAGUUAAAGGUUUGUUUGUUUAAAAAAAAUGAUAAUGUUACGACAGUCCCCAAAAACGAUACGGACUAUAACGUUGUCCUUUUAGAGAAUGAAAUUAAAGUUGUGGUGCCCAACAGCCGAGAGUUAAUGUUAAAAACCAAACUGGUCAAAAUAAGCAGAUUCGUGGUGUUUCACUAGGAAGAGAAGGCAAAAGUGAACUGAUAGCUUGUCAGAACACGUGUUUUUUUUUGUUGCUUUACGUGUGUUUUAUCCGAUCAAGAACGGCCUUUCAAUGAACCAAGCAUCUCUCUGAGAGGAUUAACAAACAGGAAAGUUGAACAUUUUCACCAGGAAAACAGGGUAUAUUACUACACAUCCAAAUCGACAGCGCACACCAACAAGAAACUGCGCAGUAUGGAACAACAGGGCUGAGAGCUGUCUCAUCACAUACAAUAUAUCAUCGCCAGUACCAUUUAGUUAAGAAAUCAAAGAACAUGACCGAAGCACAAAGAUACUGCAGAGAGAAAUACACAGACCUGGCCACUGUAGACGGCAUUGAGAGUUUGAAGCGCCUGCACAACGUUGGAGGCAAAUACAGAAAUGACAGUGUUUUACAUUCAAGCUGCAGUGGAGAGACGUCAACCUGGAUUGGGCUUUACAUUGACGGCUGGAGGUGGUCACUGUCGGACACAAACUUCUACAAACCUGGGGAGACAGAGUUCAGAGGAUGGUCGACUCAUGAACCAUCCCACACUUUGAAUAAACGAUGCACUAUGAUAUGUACUGAUAGAUAUUGGUACAGUGAUUAUUGUUCAAACCACAAAAAGGCAGCCUGCAUUGAUGUCAAAGGGCCGAAUGUGACGUUUGUCCAAAGUGACGACACCAUGAACUGGACUGAUGCCCAGAGCUACUGCAGAAAAAAAUACACAGACCUGGCCAGUGUGAGAAACUUGACAGACAAUCAGCUGUUAACGGAUAUGACAGUUGCAGGGGGAAAUACGUGGAUCGGCCUUUACAGAGACUCCUGGAAGUGGUCGGAUGGAAGUUACUCCACCUUUAGGGACUGGGCAGGAGUUGAACCUCAAGGUGUUAAUAUGUGUGUUGCUGCAGCUUUCAACAUCGCUGGAAAAUGGGAGAGCUUGGACUGUGGGUUGAGGAAACCGUUCAUUUGCUACAAAAAUGUUGUGCCUGUUACAAUGCAAGUGAUCAAAGUGAGGUUGCGGAAAACAAACUCUGCUGUGGAUCCGAACGACCCCGCUUUUCAGGACGAGAUGUUGGUGAAGAUGAAAAAGGAGCUAAUGGACCAGAGAUUGGAUGAAAACAGCAAACUGACCUGGAGGAAGCAGCCAGAUGGACAAGUCUUCCUUAAGGAGAAAGAGGAGAAGAGGAAGAAGAGAAAUUACCUUUAGAGUUGAAUUGCUGUGUGGGCUUUUAUCAAAGAAAAGUGUGUUUAUUUCCUCAAAGUCCUCAUUUAACAGAAUACAGCGGCAAUAAUGAGCGGAUUCAUCUAUUAGUAGCAAAAUAAGAUAACAUAUUUAAUGCUUUUUUUUGUCCAAUAGGGUCUUGAAGUUAAUGUUUUGGGGUGGUCUGCGGAAAAAUGAUAGCAGGCCUUUUUUGCUAGCUUUUUAUUUGUUUAUUCAAGAUACGAUUAUAAGGAAUUGCAGUACAGUAUACGUUUUAAUUGAAAGCAACUCCAGUGAAAUCAUAUUGCCAAUAAAGAUCAUCACCUUUAAUGCAUCUCUAAAAACUUCUUCCUAAAAUGUUUUUGCAUUGUAGUUUAAUUGAUGUACCUGUUCAAAUAAAACACUAAUAUAUCCACCAAAAA